ACGUCCCUUCACUAAAAGACAUCAUUCAUUACACGGAACCCAGUGAGUAUAUUAACUUUUUCUCGCCAACAUUGACAAAUUUUGGGGAAUGUUACACCUUCAACAUGAUCGACAAGAGUGAACUUUUCAACGAUAUCACGUAUUUAUACGAAAACCAUUCAGUUCAUCGAAAAAGUUGCUACUGGUCAGUCGACGACAACUACGUCAUAACUAAAAAUAACACCAUUCCUGUGCGAGCUACAGCAAUUUCGGACAUUUUUUUCCUUAGCCUUCACACUUUGGUACUUGAAAAAAAUGAACAGUGCAAUUCCAAUGACGGGUACAAAAUUAUUUUGCACCACCCAGCUGACAUUCCGACUUUAUUGUUUCAACAAUCAGUCCCAAUAGCACUAAGUUCUAACUACAAAAUUUUAAUUAGACCAGAGGUCACAGUAACGUCUGACAAUUUGAAAAAAUAUGAUCCCCAUAGAAGACACUGUUUCUACUCUAGAGAACGAAGCUUGAAGUUCUUUAAAACAUAUACCAAACACAACUGCAAGAUUGAAUGUCUUGCCAACUACACCUUAUCAGAGUGUCACUGUGUCCCUUAUUUUCUACCUCACGAAAAGUCAACGACGAUUUGCAGUUUGGUAGACGCUUCCUGUGCAUCAAAUUGUGAAAAACAUAUGUUUCAUAUGGACAUGGAAGCUGAAAUUGACGAUGAAGGACCGAAUAUACUGAGAGUUUGCGAUUGUUUACCGCUGUGCACUUUGAUCAACUACAACACGCAAGUCCACCACAAUAAAGUAGGACGUGUCCCAGGACAACCAUUAUCACGUUCAGAAGUAGAAAUAGGUUACAAAGAAAUGGAAUUUCCAAUAAUGGAAAGGCAAGAGUUGUUCAGUAAUGCUGACUUUUGGGCCAACUGUGGGGGUCUCUUGGGGUUGUUCACUGGAUUCUCUGUUGUCUCUCUUGCUGAAAUCAUCUACUAUCUUUCAAUAAGGUGGAUCUGUGAUCUUUGUUGCUUCGGGGAACGAAUUCUUCGAAAACGCGAUCACUGAUCGUUGAACCUUGCAACCUUAUAACGGUUGCAAUUUGUCUU